GCGGGCGGGGGCUGCGCGCUGAAAGGCGGCGGCGCGCGGCCGGGCUCACUCCGGAGCGGGCGGCUGCCUACACUGCCCGGGCUGGAUCCGCGCCGGGGCCGCCAAUGUGCCGCGGGGAGCACCGGGCGUUCACCUCGGCGUUAGGAAUCGCUCCGUCGGGAACGGGAGGAAAAAAAAACACAAACCACAACCCCCGGUGGGAGCCCCCGCGCCUUUGGAGAGCUGCUUCGUGUGAUUCCCCGGCGCUGCCCGGUCCCGCGAGCCGGGUGAACCCUAUAAAUCGGGAUAAACCCCUUUGCAGAAAGGGGCUCGAGUUUGGUUCCCUUCGCCUCGCAAACCGAAGGAGCAUCCCGCAGGCACGGAGGGAGGGCUGAAUUCCCGGGAGAGGAGCAGCAGAGCUGGAUUUUACCCCCGCUCGCCGAGUACGACUUGGAGAUCCAGGAGGGCUUUUUAACAGGGACGGAGGAGCCGGGAGGGCGAGAGGAGCCGGGGCUCCCUGCCCUGCCACCCCUCCUCCCGACGGGGGUAUCCGCGAUCCCUAGCGGCUCCCUUGGAUAUCAGAUUUCAGAUGCAUGCCAGGUUCCCACUGAAUGCCAGAAGUAGAGAUCACUACAGAUGGAGCCCCAGAGUCAACACGGCAGUGGUGGCUCUCUGGUAGUGAUUCAGCAGCCCUCCUUGGACAGCCGGCAACGGUUGGACCAUGACAGAGAGAGCCAGCCAACGACUAUCUUGUCACUGGACCAGAUCAAGGCGAUCAGGGGCAGCAACGAAUACACCGAAGGUCCAUCUGUGGUGAAAAAAUCUGGGCCGCGGACAGCACCGAGGCAAGAGAAGCAUGAAAGGACUCACGAAAUUAUACCAAUUAAUGUGAAUAAUAAUUACGAACACAGACCCAGCCACGUGGGGCAUGUGGCACAUCAGCAUCACACCAGGGCUCCUGUCCUGAGCAGAUCGACCAGCACGGGGAGCGCCGCUAGCUCUGGGAGCAACAGCAGUGCUUCCUCGGAGCAAGGACUGCUUGGUCGAUCCCCUCCAUCCAGGCUGGGCUCAGGCCACAGAUCUGAUCGGACAAUCCGGACGCAGCCCAAGCAGUCGUCUCUGAUUGUAGAUGAUCUGAAGGGUCCUUUGAAAGAGGACUUGACGCAGCACAAGUUUAUCUGCGAACAGUGUGGGAAGUGCAAGUGCGGCGAGUGCACGGCCCCGAGGGCUCUCCCUUCGUGCUUAGCCUGCAACCGGCAGUGCUUGUGCUCUGCCGAGAGCAUGGUGGAGUAUAGCACCUGCAUGUGUUUGGUCAAAGGGAUCUUCUACCACUGCUCCAACGACGAUGAAGGGGACUCUUACGCGGAUAAUCCCUGCUCCUGUUCCCAGUCACACUGCUGUUCUAGGUACCUGUGCAUGGGAGCGAUGUCCUUGUUGCUGCCUUGCUUGCUCUGCUACCCUCCUGCGAAAGGAUGCCUAAAACUCUGUCGAGGGUGUUACGACCGCAUCAAUCGUCCAGGUUGCCGAUGCAAGAACUCCAACACAGUCUAUUGUAAACUGGAGAGCUGCCCCUCACGGGGUCAGGGCAAGCCCUCAUGAUUUUUGGAGGGAGGUUUACUUCCUCCAACUUCAGUUUUUCAGGUUAUAGCUGAUGAUUUUUUCUUUCUCUCCCAUCCCCCAUUUUGGGGGGGAGGGGGGCACUCUGUUCCUUCGCUUUUCUUUCUGUCUCCCCAGCUUCAAAUACACAAAUUCUUCCCUUUGCAUCAUUGCUCUCUUCUUGCUAUUGACUCAGCUGAGUGUGGAGCGUUUUAAGUAGUCAUUGCUGCUCUUUGGUAAGUGUGGACCUGAUCUCUGCAUCUGCCGCUCAUUUUUGGCAGGGUCUUUUGAGUUUGUAACUGAACCACUCCGGAAAGAAGACGGUGAGGGCUCACUGGGCUCUUGAAGCUUCUUGCUCUGUGCAUAUCUUCCCAAAGAUGUUUUCUGUUCUCAGCAAUUUUCUUUUCCUUAACCCCUCAAGUACCAAGGAAGAAUAACUUCCAUGAGUGAGCUGGAUUGUGAAAUGACUUGUGUGUGCUCUUUCUGGAGAGGAAUGUAAAAUAAAGGCUUUACCAAAUGAAAGGCCUGACUCUUCUAUAAGCAGCCUGCUUUUUUUUUUUUUUUUACUUUUUU